AUGAGGACAGACUCAUUGUAAAUGAUAAUGAUUGGUUUAGGGUAUUAUGCUAACUAAAGUGACUAUUUUUGAAAAAGAAGGCCGAACUCAUCAUAAAUAUCAGGAGAGUUAAUUUGAUUACAUGUGAGCAUUACAGUCAAAAGAAAGUUAGAAUUACCAAGGAUGGAUAGAUUUAUUGUUUAAAUCAUACUUAGUACAAACAAGCAUCUUUUGAUGAGAAGGUCAGAUUAAUCUUUUUUGGUGACAUAACAUUGUAUAUUGUGCUCAUUACAAUCACGAUGAU